AUGAUUGGGCAGCAUGGGUGGCUUGAGUCCACAGCGCAGACCCUCUACGAUAGGAAUAAGCAAUCGCCCCAAAUGAAGACGCGGAUCUUAGAUGGCAUAAGGAAGAUCGCCAAGGAUGUGUCUGAGCUGCAUCAAACCCGACGAACUCAGCCAGUUGCAAGGGGAACAGUGGGUACACAUGUCGCAGUUUCACUGGAUCCUAGAGAACAAAGCCUUUUAUACUGUGAGCUCGAAUUCAACCUUACAACGGCUCUAAAUAUAUACGUCAGUGAAGAGCUGGACAAGGGCCAUCUCUCCCCGGAUAAUCUCAAAAAAGUAUCGGAUGAAUGGCAUCAAAAAGGCCAUCACAAAGUAAUCGGCUUCAGAUAUGAUUUAGAGACACAGUUGGAGCUUGUCAGUCUUCACAUCAAUGAUUUUAGCUUCCAUGGUCGCCGACAAGGCAACACUACCGAGAUUGCUCUUCUGCUCAAUGAGAUGAAGAUGAAUGCGCGUAAUAUGCGUGUCCGAACGUUUUGCCAACCAGAUUCCACUAUUGCAAAACACCUAGUUGACUCGCAGUCGCUCUUCAACUUGAUCAAUGCUUCAACCAUCAUGAUGGCCAAACAAGAAGGAUCUCCUGGGUCGCAGACCUUGGACGAUUUGGUUAUGGGGACAAACACCAGUAGCAUUACUUCGAAACGCAGUGUUGAGCGUCUGUAUCACUCAAAAGAAACCCCUUUCUUCCGCUACUUUGUUCCAAAGUUUCAAAGGAGAGCCCCUCUAAUCAAUAGAGGCUAUUGGCUGCGUCUCCGGGCGAUUGAUACCAUAGUUCAUAGGUUUCUCACUAAAGAGACAGCAGGGAAAAAGGUCAUCAUCAAUCUUGGUUGUGGCAGUGAUGUCUUGCCAUGGCAAUGCCAUGCUCGUUAUGAGAAUUUAGGCAGUGAUGUCCUCUUCAUCGAUGUGGAUUAUCCUGACCUCAUGAAGAAGAAACGGGCCAUAGUUUUACAAACACCAGAGCUGCGAAACCUUCUGGGGAAUGACUUCACCGUCGGUGAUGAAGAUAAAGACGACUUACUGCUGCGCAGCAACAAAUAUUGCCAGCUUGGCUGCGACCUUCGACAGCUGGAUAGGUUGCGAAUGACUUUGGAAUCAGUUAUCAACCUUUCCGAGUGUGCCAUCCUGUUCGUGGCAGAAGUGUCAAUUACCUAUAUGGACACUCAAUCUGCCGACUCUCUAAUCCAAUGGGGAAGCACUGUUGGUCGAGAAAAUAACUUCUGCCUGCUGGAACAGAUUCUACCAUAUGGAAAAAGGCAUCCUUUUGCCCAGCAGAUGCUUGGUCACUUUGUCAAGCUGGGUACUCCUCUGCGUUCUGUUGAGCAGUACCCAACAGUUGAGAGCCAAGCCAGUCGAUUCCAGUCUCGCGGGUGGCCUCGUGUAGAAAUAAAGGAUCUAUGGCAAGCAUGGUCAAGUGAGGAGUUUGUGAGCGACUCAGAACGAAUUGCCCUUGACGACAUCGAGCCCUUUGACGAGUGGGAAGAGUUUAUUCUAUUUGCUCGCCACUACUCCAUCCUUCAUGCAUCCACCGACUGUAGCCGAGGCUCAUUGCCUCAAACGUCUACAUCAGUCGCCAGCGAGAGUGCGAAGACGUUUGCAGGCUUGCGUGUCGAAAUAAUAGGGGAAUCCACAAAGAAAACUACCAGACGACGUUUUGGAAAUAGCAUGAUUCUACGGAUGAGUCUCAACAGCAGAGAAUCUACUUAUGAUGUCUUCUCACUUGAUGGGCAGCAUGGGGCACCGCCGCAGCUACCCCCUUCGGGACCGCCUGCUCGCAUGUGCUUUUCCCUGACAGACCUGGGAGAAUAUGGAAUUAUGCUGGUUGGCGGUCGUACGUCGCCCUCCUACGCCUUAUCGGACUGUUGGCUUUUUGAAAGGGGUACUGACCCGCGCUGGCGUACGAUGCCGCCAUUGCCCGUUCCCCUGUUUCGGCAUUCCGCUCUUCGACUAGGGAGUUCAUCUCUUCUACUGAUCUUUGGUGGCAAGAAAAGCUCAUCGCAGCUCUCAGACGAGUUUUUCCUUUUUAACCCACAAAGGGCUUGUUGGCAACGGUGUUCCGUCUUGGGACCUGCUCCCGAUUCCUGCUUUGGCUCAAUCGUUUGCAAUUCCAUCUCCACGGCAAGCAUCCCGGGAGUAUUUAGUGGCAUGUUAGCUGGAGGAAUUUCCAAAGAGGGACGUAUUGCUACGAAGCAGUAUAGGUGGGAAUUGAACGUCUACAAUACUGAGCCGACUAUUUCUUUUUCCCCCAUCACAACCAGCAGCUCCAAUAGUCGGCUCGUUUCUUCCUUUGGUGCUCAAGCUGUGCAUUUGGGUUCGUCUGUAAUUAUAUGCGGUGGUAUGGGGGCGGAUCCAUGCCUACAUGGCCAAACUAUUACCGUCGUUACCACUUCUGCAGAAGGGUUUGAAGUUGAAAGUUUUUCCACCCCUCAAAAUGAUGAGCCCAUGCCGUUCAUGAUUGGCUCUUCAAUUGUACAAGAUUGCUCUUCUCUUCUGGUACUUGGUGGGGGAGCGACAUGCUUCUCAAUGGGCACGUUUUGGGAGACGAAUUUUACUUCACGACUGCACAGCCUGUCUAAUUCUACUAUCGAUCUUAUUGGAUGUCGAAAGUUUUCGGCCACUUCCACUGUUACAAUGCCCAGAAUACAGCUUGAAUCAGCAGAACACUUCCAAAGAAUUGUUGACCAAGGGAAACCAGUCAUUUUCAAGAGUUGUUCCAUCGGCGACUGUCAACAGAAAUGGACCCCUGACUUCCUUGUAAGUCAGAUUGGCGCAAAUGAGAAGUUCGUGAUACACGAGUCUCACGAAGACACGGGAGUGUUGGACUUCAACAGCAAGAAUUUUUCAUAUGUGACAGACUCGUUUGGGAACAUCAUGAGCAAGCUGCAAUCCGGAGCCCGGGUUUAUCUACGAGCUUUGUCUCGGGAUAAGCCGUCUGAACUACCAGCCAAACUAGAAGAGGACUUCCCAAAUUUAGCAGGAGAUUUCACCCUGCCACGAGAAAUGGCGUAUAUCAAAGAUCACUUGUUCAGCUCUGUCUUAAGAUUAUCAGGCCGGGCGAAUAUGUGGCUACAUUACGAUGUCAUGGCAAACGUCUAUGCGCAGGUGGCCGGGGUGAGGAGAAUGAUUUUGUUUCCUCCCAGUGACGUGAAGCACCUGUCUUUCGCCCCUGGUGCUUCUAGCUCAAGCGUAAACGUUUUCCAAGCGUUGGAAACUUCUGCAUCUUCGCUCCGGGCGACACACCCUCAAGAAGCUGUAAUCCAUCCGGGUGAUAUUUUACUAUUACCAGCUCUCUGGCUCCACACAGCUGCUCCGAUAACCGACAUGAGCACUGCAGUCAACGUUUUCUUCCGUGACCCGGGACAGAAAGAUCAUUACUCCCCUGGUCGAGAUGUUUAUGGUAACAAAGACCUUGAGGCAUAUGAGAAAGGAAGGCAAGCUAUUGCCCGGAUUGCGAAAAGCUUGCACUCGCUGCCGCCCGUUGCCAGAGAAUUUUACCUUUGUCGACUUGAGGAUGAGUUACAACUAGCUACUGAGAAUUAG